CUGGCCUAUGGCCACUGCUGGAAGGCAAGAUAGCAGGACCUUUGAUCUGUCCCAGCAUGGCAAGGGGGACAGGUAGUUCUUGAACCCAACGCCCUUCCUUCCCCAGGUGAAUGCCCUAUCUCCUAGCCAUGCCAGAACCCACCUCACCACCAGGGCAUCACUUGUCCUGCCUCCCUCCAGCUCAUGUGUCGAGAGGCAUCACACAGGGGUGAGAAUGGAAGCACUGUAUCCAGUUGCACAAGAUGUACAGUCUAAGAGGGAGCUGGGAAGAUUCAGAACUUGAUCCCUGCUCAUCACUGGAAUGGGGAAGAUAGAGCAGGAAACAUAUAUAGACAGUUAUGACCCAAGCGUCCUUCGAAGGGUGCAAUACCUGCUCUAUGAAGUCAAGUGGAGCAAUAGCAGAAAGCUUACGCAGAGAUGUUGUCAUAGCACCCGCACCGAGCAUGCUGAAAUCUACUUCCUGGAAGAUGUCUUUCAUAGGCAAAGAUAUGAUCCGUCUGACCACUGCUCCCUGACCUGGUACAUGUCCUGGAGUCCCUGUGGGGAAUGCUGCAAGGCAAUCAGGGAUUUCCUGAAGGAACAGCCUAAUGUCAAUCUGGUCAUUUAUGUAGCACGGAUCUACUGCCAUGAAGAAGAAAACAAUCGCCAGGGUCUACGGAGCCUGGUGAACAUUGGAGUGACCAUCCGAAUCAUGGACCUCCCAGUUUAUAGCUACUGCUGGAGAACCUUUGUCUGUGAUGAGGACAAGGAUGAAGAUUAUUGGCCCAGGCACUUUGCUCCCUGGAUUAUGCUGUAUUCCCUCGAGCUCCAGUCCAUCCUUCAGGUCAGUAGAACUUCCGGGAGGGGACAUUUACAUGAAGAAAUGAUCCAGAGUCACAUGCAGAACUGGAGUCAGAUUAAGAUUUACUGGGGCCUUGGGCACAAAGACGAUGUGGGCCCCACCUUUGCCUCAGGGUCCCAGUCCCCUGCUCCUCCCCUUCCCUGAACUCCUUCCCCUCUGACCUGGCCAGAAACUGGG